AUGCCCCCCAAGCGAGUCGCCAUAGUAACAAGCAGCACUCGCCGCCCAAGACUAAACCCAACAAUAACUCAAUACGUGCACGACGUCCUAGCCUCCGACCCAACAAUCCCAACCAAACACACACACGACACAACAAUCGACACAGAUCCAAGACACAUAACUCUAGAAAUCAUCGACCUAUCCGCGCAAUCCUUGCCCCUCUACGACGAAUCCGUAAUCCCAGCCAGCUUACCAGCAUCAGACCCAACACCGCAUUACAGCAAAGCUCACACGCGCGCGUGGUCAGCUCUCGUGCGCCAAUACGACGCCUUCAUCUUCGUCACGCCACAGUAUAACUGGAGUAUACCGGCGAGUCUGAAGAACGCGCUCGAUUAUCUGUACUAUGAGUGGGUGGGCAAGCCGGCGGGUAUUGUUUCUUAUGGGUCGAGGGGUGGCAGGAAGGCGGCGGAUCAUUUAAGGGGUGUGCUUGAGGGUUUGAGGAUGAGGGUUGUUGGGACGGCGCCUGGGUUGCCGGUUAAGUUUACGGGGUUGCCGGUUGGGACUUUGUCCGAGGUGGAGGAGAGGGUUGAGGUUGAUGAGAGGGAUUUGGAGGGGUGGAGGGAGGCUGGGGUUGAGGGGAUGAUGAGGAAUUUGGGGAUGGAGUUGGUUUGUGAAUUGGAUAAGUAA